UGGCCGCUGAGUUCGGUUUGGUUGUUCGAUUCAUACUAGAAGUUGUGACGAUAUUUUUUAAUAAAAGUUGAUAGGAAAUUUGAUUGACAAGUUUUUUAUUAGAAAUAUAAUAAAAAUAAAUAUAGGUAUUUUUUUUUAAUUUACAGUUUAAAUAUUUAGAUAUAUUUUUUAAAUAUAAAACCUCAUUAACCUUGGCGAUGGCUUCAGGCGAUGUUAAUGUUAAACUUUCCCGACUAUUUCGGCUCGCGCAAAAAUUUAAUAAUUUCUAUUUAUCAGGAUUUAAUAAAGGUGACAUACGACCCUUUUUAGUUGACGGUCAACAAGUAGGAUUGGUUAAAUCAGAUGUAAUUAAACAACUUUUAAAGUAUCCUGAAGUAUUUUGUGUACGUGAUUGUGAAUAUACCAAGGGUAUUGUAGAAUUAAAUCCCGCAUUUCGUGAUUAUUCUGAGCGAACUAAAAAUCUCGAUAUAGUAUUGCGGCAGCUACGUUCGCAAGGCAUAUUUUCUGCCUUACAAGGAUGGCGUGAAGAGUACUAUGAAGUCAAGUCGGAAUAUAAUAGCUUAUUAAAAAUGGAUCGUUCGGCAACACCAUUAUUUGGUGUACGCAAAUAUGGCGUUGAUAUUAAUGGUUAUGUACGGCAUCCUACUCAUGGAUUAUGCAUUUGGUUGCAGCAAAGAUCAAAUACCAAGGAAACUUGGCCAGGUAAAUGGGACAACAUGGUCGGUGGAGGUUUAUCAGUUGGAUAUGGCAUCAAAGAGACUGCAAUUAAAGAAGCCGCUGAAGAGGCAUCCAUUCCUCAUGAUCUCGUAAAAAAUCUCGUUUCAGCUGGUUGUGUAUCAUUUUUCUUCGAAAGCGAUCAAGGCUUAUUCCCAAAUACUGAAUAUGUAUUUGAUUUGGAAUUACCACUUGAUUUCACACCACAUAAUGCCGAUGGAGAAGUUCAAGCAUUUGAACUACUGCCAGCCAAAGAAUGUAUAGAACGAGUCUUUACUGCUGAUUUUAAAACAACAAGCUGUCCAGUUGUGAUUGAUUUCUUAAUACGUCAUGGUUUUAUAACACCUGAAAAUGAAUUUUAUUUUACGCAAAUAGUUGAACUAUUACAUGUGCCAUUGCAAUCGCUCUAUACUUACAAAAAUCAACGGCAAAAGCAAGAAAUAGAUGGAAAUAUAGGAAAGAAUUGUGAAAACGGACACAACAUUCAACAGUAAACUAUAUUUUAUACAAAAUGGGUAAUUAUCAAAAUUUAAUUUAUGUGUAUUAAUAACAACGAAUAUUGCAGAUAUAAUCGUAUUAAUACUGAUUUAUUUUUAUAUAAGUAAACAUUUUCAUAAAGAGACUGCAAAAUUCACGCAAAUUUAAGCGCACGUAUUAGCUUUCUUCCUUUUACCUAAAAUAAAAAAAAAA